UCUCGUCCCUUCUUGGUUUACUGGUUUAACUCCAAGUGCUGUUAGGAUCAAGAUUAGGCUGGGAUCAAAAAUAAAGAAAAUCACUGCUAGAUUUAAUGAUCUUGUGACACAAAAAGAUCAACUGAAUUUGAAGGAAAGUUCUAGUCCAAGGCCAAGCAAAAAAAGAGAGAUACCUCCCUCAACUUCUGUGGUGACCAAAGAUCACAUCUACGGUAGGGAGGAAGUCGCAGAGGCUGUACUUCAAUUAUUGAUAAGUGAUAAACAUAGUGAUGCCUUGACUAAAAUACCCAAUGUGAUUUCUAUAGUUGGUAUGGGGGGUAUUGGAAAGACAACCCUCGCCCAGCUCGUUUACAAUGAUACAAAAGUGCAAAACUUUUUCGAUAUGAAAGCAUGGGCUUGUGUUUCUGAAGAUUUUGAUGUUGCUACAGUUACAAAAACAAUUUUACAAUCUAUCAUGAGUUCGGAAAACUGCGAUGACAAAGAUCUGAAUUGGAUGCAAGUCAAAUUGAAGGAGAAAUUACUUGGGAAAAAGUUUCUAGUAGUUCUUGAUGAUGUUUGGAAUGAGAAAUACAAUGAUUGGAUUCGCCUACGUUCUCCGUUUGAAGCAGGGGCUCCUGGAAGUAGUAUUAUUGUCACAACUCGUAAUCAAGGAGUAUCAUCACUGAUGGGAACCAUUAAAGUUGAACCUUUUCAGUUGGAGUUGUUGCCAGCUGAUGCUUGUUUGUCCAUAUUUUCCCAGCAUGCAUUGGAUGCAAAAGACUUUAGUGCAUAUCAAGACCUUAAAGAUAUUGGGGAGGAAAUUGUUGGAAAGUGUAAAGGCUUGCCUUUGGCUGUAAAAACUAUUGGAGGCCUCUUACGCGGUACACAAGACUGUAAUGAGUGGGAGAAAGUUUUGAAGAGUAAGAUAUGGGAUAUACCUGAAGAGAGAAGUGAAAUUGCUCCCGCUCUUAUGUUAAGCUAUCACAAUCUACCUGCACAUUUAAAGAGGUGUUUUGCUUAUUGUUCUAUAUUUCCAAAAGAUUAUGAGUUUGAGGAGAAUGAGGUGGUUCUAUUAUGGAUGGCAGAAGGUUUGAUUCAUCCACAACAUGAGGAUGAAGAGGACAUGGAAGAUUUGGGUAGAGAGUAUUUUCGCAAUUUGUUGUCAAGGUCAUUUUUUCAAAAAUCACGCUUUAAAUCCAAAUUUUUUAUGCAUGACCUCGUCAAUGAUUUGGCUCAAUCAGUUGCAGGCGAGACGUGCUUUAGAAUGGAGGAUAGAAUUGGGGGUAGUCAGCAUGGGAAUGUCCCUAUAAAAGCACGCCACUCAUCUUACUUGGGUAGCAAAUAUGAUGCUACUAAAAAGUUUGAGGUUUUUUCUAAACUCAUUAGUCUACGUACAUUCUUACCUCUCAUGCUACCAUUUCAAGGUCCUUGCUAUUUGGCUCGUCAUGUUCAUUGUGAAUUGGUUCCAACAUUACGAUGUUUAAGGGUUCUAUCUUUCAAUGGGUACUGUAUAAAUGAAUUGUCAGAUUCUAUCAGUGAUUUAAAGCAUCUACGGUAUCUUAACCUUUCCAGAACUGAAAUUAGUAGCCUACCUGAAUCAAUAGCUAUUCUCUACAACUUGCAAACAUUGUUGUUGGAGAAGUGCCGUCGUCUGAAGAAAUUACCUUCAAUGUUAUGCAACUUGGUCAACCUGCGCCACCUCAAUAUUGAAGGUGCAAUUUGUUUGGAAGGAAUGCCGGUGCAAAUAGGUAAAUUAACUUGUCUCCAAACAUUGUCUAAUCUAAUUGUGGGAAAAGACAAUUGCUCAGGUGUAAAGGAGCUUGGGCCUUUGAAGCAUCUUAAAGGGAAGCUCAACAUUUCAAGAUUAGAGAAUGUGAUUGAACCGAAUGAUGCAAAAGAUGUUGAAUUAAUUAAAAAGAUCAAAAUUAGUAAGUUGUCGUUGGGAUGGAGUCGUGACAUUGAUGAGUCGAAAGACAGGACAAAUGAACUAGAGGUACUAAAUAGGCUACAGCCUCACGACGCUUUGACGGAGUUGGGUAUAAUUAACUAUGGUGGUACAAAAUUUCCUAAUUGGUUAACAGCUCCUUCAUUUCCUUAUAUGGUCUCCUUGGAAAUAUCAAAUUGUCGCAAGUGCACAUUAUUACCUCCAUUGGGGCAAUUGCCAUCACUCGAAACUCUUUCGAUCUCUGGCAUGGAUAGCGUGAAGAGUGUUGGUUCUGAAUUUUGCGGCAAUAGUUGUGCACAAUGUUUUAGAUCCUUAAAGACUUUGCGUUUCGAGAACAUGAAGGAGUGGGAGAAAUGGAGUCGUUGUGAAGAGUUCCCAAAUCUACAUAAGCUUUUCCUUUAUAGUUGUCCGAAACUAUUAGGGAAGUUACCAAAGAACCUUCCUUUACCAAAGGAUGUUGAUAUAUAUAAUUGUGCACAGUUGAAUGUUUCACUUUCAUACUUUCCAGAUAAAUGCACACUUAAUACUGAGAGAUCUAGUGGGGUGGUGUGUGGAAGCAAGGUUACAUUCAAAUCAAGAACAUUCUACUCUUCACUUUCAGCAAUUUCAGAUCAAGGGGUUGAUAUGGAAGGGCUGGCAGAGUUAGAAAAUUUAAGUAUUGAAAGCUGUGAGGAGCUAACGACAUUGUGGUCAAACAAGGUGGGAUCAUUGCCACAUGAUCUCCCAUUUCUGCAUCAUCUCAAUAUUUAUAAUUGUCCCAAACUAGUCUCUUUGGUGGCGGAAGAAGUUGAUCAAGAGCAUCUCCAACUCAGAAUCACAUCUAUUAGUAUCAAGGAUUGCAUAGCCUUGGAAUCAUUACCCAAGGCAUUGAUGUACAACAACAUGUGUCUUCAGUCUAUUGAAAUCAUUAACUGUGAUUCGCUAACGCAUUUUGCAAGAAGCCAUCUGCCUCUAACUUUAAAGAAGCUACGUAUAAGUGAGUGCAAGAGUAUGAGGAAUUUGGUGGAGGAUGAUGAUAAUGAUACAAACAACAACAGUAGUUGCAGUAGUGGCAUCACAUCUCUUAUUGAGGACUUGAGCAUUAGCAAUUGUCCAUCCCUUGAAUUCUUAACAUCAAGCGGAGAAUUACCUACCACACUUCAACGCCUUGAAAUUUUCAGUUGUCCGAAGCUGGAGUCAGUAGCGAAAAGUUUUCAUCAUAACUCAUUUCUGACAAGAAUCUACAUCUACAAUUGUGAAAAUCUUCAAUUGUUUAAUGGUGGAGAGUUGCUCCUCCCUUCCAACCUGAGACAGCUUUAUAUAUCUAAAUGUGAGAAGGUUUUGUCAUUUCCCAAAGAAGGUUUUCCCACAAACCUAACGGUACUCGCGAUCUCUCAUCUCAAAAUCACUGAAGCCUUGUCCGAUUGGGGGUUGGACAACCUCACUUCUCUUAAUGAACUUUGUAUUGUUGGAUGUCAGCAUCUGGUGUCCUUUCCAGAGAUGGCGUUGCCUUCCUCUCUAACAAUCCUCCGCAUCUAUGAAUUUUCGAAUCUGGAAUGCUUGUCUUCCGAGGGCUUAAGAAAACUCACCUCUCUUAAAACACUCCAGAUUUCUGACUGCGAGAAGCUCACGUAUUUUCCAGAGGAUGGGCUGCCUCCCUCACUCCUAGAGCUUAUUAUCUAUUGUUGCCAAAAGUUGAGGUUCUUUCCAAAGAAUGACCUACCUUCCUCACUCAGAGUACUUGAUAUAUGUAAAUGUCCUCUGCUCGAAGAACUUUACAAGAAAGGUCAGAGAGGAGAGUGGUGUCGGAUAGCUGACAUCCCUUUUGUUGGAAGUAAUGGCAAAUACAUUAUUGGCACAGAAACGGAAGAAUAAAUCCAAAUGUACUUUGAAUUUUGAAUGGUUGCAUUGAAGAGAUCCCAUCACUCCUAUUGCUUGCUGCAACCAAAUCUGGUUGAUCGUCGAUUGCAUGACAUGGGUAAAGAUGAAGAAGGGGAAGGAGUUCUGCCAAUGUAACAUCCUUAGGAUCGAACUUAAUUGGGGU